AUGAAAGCAGAUAAGACAAGACCUCGAGUGAAAAGCGCAUUUGGGUGUGUUUGCUGUAAUGGACGAGUUUCGGUUGCCGAACUGAAAAAGUUCGCUUUGCGCCGUGUUCGCAACCCCAACUUUGAGUUUGUGUACGAGACAAACUUUGGGAACAAGCCAAGCUCUCCGGAAGCAGAGUCGGCCGCCUCUAGUCCUGGGUGCACAGAGCUUGUGGCCGCACGCUCUCAAGUUGUUCAGCAGGAGGUUAUCGACGACGCCAUGUUCCGAAAGUAUUUGGCAACGUUAUGUAACUCUGCGUACACAGUCACGGGGCUAAACGGCUACAACUCCUGGGUUCAUGGAGUCCAAAUGAACAGUGAGGAGGCUUACUUGUACGAUGCGUUCGUGAAAGGAUUUAUGGUUUCUGUGUCGCCCCAGUUGACCCAUACCAAGCUUCAGCCUGGUGUCAUUUUCAUUCCGCAAGGAAGUCAGAGCCCGUGGCUGCUUGAUAUCUUCUAUGCGUGUGGUGCUGCGUUCCUGUCGAGCGAGAAAGAGGAAAUGCGCGCUCUCGCUGAAGCAAGGUUUUCGCAAGUGAUGCGCCAGUUUGACGUCGUGUCCAAUCUGGUCUACCAGGAAAACAACCAAUGGGUGCUGAUUGGACUGCUGUCGCUGUGUUUGCGGGAGAAAUACUUUGGCAAAGACCACAUGCGCACAAUUGUCUAUCUGAAGCUUGCUUUGGAGAUGAUUAGAAGCUGGCCGAAAACAAAACUGCUCCAGAGACGAUGUGUCGAGGUCAAGAUCGACGAUAUAACUUCUGCGAUAGAUCUACAAGAACACGCUCUCACGCCCUCAGAACGCACGCUUGUUGAGAGUUUUGCUUACAACUACGCAAUUAUCGGACUGCUCUGCGAUAAAGAAACGCUGAUGGUGCUGGAUUCACCUUUUGAGGUGUUUGAAGAGCUGAAUCCACUGCUCAGUCAGCAAUUGUACGAAUGCCCUGCUCCAUGGAUGAACAAUCCUGUUAUGGGUGCUGCGCUUCCAGCAUUCGAGCUGGCCUCGAAAGCGGGGUGGCUCCAAUUGCAGUAUCCGUUCAAUGCAGAAAUGUUCCAGAAGGCAACCACACUGUUGCGCGUGUCCAAAUUCAUGGUUCCGCCUGUGCUCCCGCCGGACGUUAAGUUCAAGCAGCCAAAACAUGUUCAAAAGCGACUCUUGGAUAGUUGCUGCACGGCGCGAAUCGUUGUGAAAGGGGCCUACGUUCUACUGUUCAAGCUUCUAAACCCGGAAAAACCGGCCACAGAACCCGAGAUUCAGCACUAUAUUAAAAUUCACGCAAACAAAUUUGGUAGCAAACUAGUUUAUCAGUCCUUUGGCGCGGUAAGUCUCGACUAUUUUCCAAUACCGUCCUUUAGUCUUAUUUCUCCAGUAGUAGCCGGUGAAGAUCAUCACAAUGAAUGUCCCCACGCAGAAGAGACAGAUGAAGGCAGACGCAAUGAAACAGUUUUGCACCCCGACGUUGGUGACAAACGGAGUGAUGCCGUAGUCCAUUGCGAAGUUCAUCGUAUUUCUGAUCAAGAUGGCCACUGUGAUUGCCGGUGCGCUCAUCUCUUCGUAGCAAUCAAGAAUAUAGGUGACAGCGGAAACACAGCCAAUGGUACAGAGACCAGCCAUGAGUCCUAA